AUGGGCUUCAAAGGCCACAGCAGGAGGCACAGAAUUGACGCUGGGCCUAAUAAUUUUUGGCCCAACAUGCUUUCUCUCCAGCAUGAGGGUGAGUUAAAAGCGAUGGUACAUCGCAAGUCAACAACCUUCUGUGUUUACAAACACACUCAAGGACAAUAUGCAUUCCUUGCAUUUCGGGCCUUAAGUGAUUUUGUUGGCGAGGCAGCAAGUAUACUUACAAAGAAAGUCCAGAUUUAUGGAAUUCAAGGCGAUUAUGUUAUUAUCUUAAGUGAUCUAGGCAGGGAACUGUAUCUUGGUUAUCUUCAAUCUGUCAUUGAGAAGCAUCGGAAUGGGAAGAGCUGGAAUGGUGUUUUAAGCAUCGGGGAUGUGCAGGUUACGGAUCGGCGCACCUUUGAAAUUGCUAAAGAAGCCUCAGAAAGUGCAACUCGCCAGGCAAUGACCAAUGAUUUUAAGAAAUUGUCAGAACUCCUUGCAACAUAUUUCCAAACAACCAAGAACCAUAUUCCUAUCUAUUUUACUGAGUUGGAGUCUGAUAUGUUUAGUUGCUUCCAAAAACUCGGCACAUAUAAUUCACAUCGUACACUCUCAUUCCAAGAGUACAUACUAUCCCAUCUUGCAUUGAAAUCAGCAAUGGCAAGAGCCCAUCUAUUUCUUGAUUUGUAUGGAGCGCAUCAGUUACUUGGAAGGGAGGACCAUUUAAAAUUGAGACAGAUCCUGAACCCCUCUCAUUCAGAAACCGAAGAUUGGACGCUUCUAGUUCACAUGCAUCCGGUACUUGAUAAGGUUUUCAAUCGGGGCAUCAGUGAUCCUCCCAUCAGUGACCCAAGGGGUUCUGAGCCGGCCAGACGCAAGGUAGCGGAAACCACCUUUCUUUUGAUGGGAGAAGACUAG